ACACCAUCUUGUCCACUAACAACAUUUAAAUUGAUAUUAAUGAGAAAAUAUAUUUAAAUUUAUAAAAUUCGAUCGGAAAAAGACAGAUACGGUGAUUUGAAGGGAGGUGAUUUUGAUCAUAAUGGGAAGGACCCUUUAGCUAUGUUAAUGAAGAGGAAUGUGAAUAUAUUGCUUUGAGCAGAUACAUCUUUUUGCGAAGCUGAACAAUGGAACCAGACAAUUUCAGUCCAAAUCAGUAUCCUUACAACACAGGCGGAUAUCCACCUUCAAUCGGACCAAUAAGACCACCUGCUUUUGGACCUCCUUAUGGUUGCAUUCCAGGAUGGAGCAGCCCAAGCGGAUAUCCAUCUUCAAUCGGACCAAUAAGACCACCUGCUUUUGCACCACCAUAUGGCAGCAUUCCAGGCCCAAUGAUUUACAGGCCACCUUAUGGCGGCGGCAUGAGUCCAUAUAGGCCUAAUGGGCCAACAAUUGGACCACAGUUGGUUCCACCUUGGAGACCAAGUGAGAGACGAACAGACUUAAGCUCUGCCUCAUCAUCAAAUGAAUCUUUAUUCACGGACCUCUCAGAUGGCUGCAAGAUAAAUACUAGCAAACCACAUACUGUAAGGCAGGAAAAAAAGUUGAGGUGCAUACCACCAAGAAUUGAUUUACUACUGGUCGGAAAAACCGGAAACGGAAAAAGUGCGACUGGUAACACAAUAGUAAGAGAAUGGACGUUCGAAAGCGGGUCAACCACGUCUUCGUUAACCAAACAAUUCUACAGUGCGACUAUAGACUACAAAGGUCGUCCGUUAAAAGUCGUGGACGGUCUGACAGUUUGUGACACCAGGCUGAACAGAGAACGGUCAGUUGAGCAGACAACUGAGGCCGCUAAGCUGGCUCUGGCAGCCAAUCCUGAAGGCUAUCACGCUUUUCUUCUGGUCCUUAAAUAUGGGAACAGGUUCACUCAUGAAGAAAAGGAUGCGGUUGAUACUUUAAAAAAAGUUCUUGGAGAUAAUUUCCUACGAAAAAACGGUAUUUUAAUCGUUACCGGCGGCGAUAUUUUCAAGGAAGAACAACGUGGAAAAUUAGAUAAGAGAACAACCUUCCCCCAAUGGUGCGAAAAACAAGACGGCGCCUUUAAAGAUUUGAUAGAAGAAUGUGACAAUAGAAUCAUCUUAUUCGACAACAACACUCAGGUCAAAAAGGUCAAACAAAUCGAAAAAUUAUUAAAUAAAGUCGAUGAGUUACUUAGUGCUCGCCGCUAUACCAACAAGCGAUUUGAAAGAGUUCAGAUCCAAAAUAUGAUCAAGGAUGAAACUAGACCAGAAGUCGAGCUGACACAAGUCACCAACAGCCGUAUUCAGAAUGAAGACUUGGUGUCAUGUGAAAAUUGUAUUAGUCAAAGAAUGCCUGCCACGUAUUCACCACUUGACUGCCCAGAUUCUCCACCCAAAUCGGCAUUCGUGCUGAAAGAUAAAAGUGAGGAAUACGAAAAUCUGAUUAGGGAAUUCGAGCUUUUAAAGAAAAAACAACAAGAAAUCGAAGAGAGUUUCCAGAAAAAAAUUGAAGAAUUUGAGCAGAGAAUGCGAGACAAAGAUGGCGAGUAUCGAGAGACAGCUGAGGUAUUGGAACCGGAAAUCAACCUGGAACAGUCAAUGGUUAACGUUGAUACAAUAAAUGAGAAUAUCGAAAGUUAAAAAUUGGAAGAGGUUUAAAGGUUAAGUAGGAAUUAAAGAAAAACCAACGCAUUUUCUAGUCUUCAAAUUGGAACUGCAUUAGUGUCAUCUUGUGUUGUAUGCAGAUAAAUUAUUACCAUAUUAGGUACCAUAAUUCAGGUGAAAAUUUGCAUAAAGCGGUAGGGCCCUAUCCAUCUACCAGUUUCUACUAAAUUAAAGUUUUGAAACUACCAACUUAUAUUUUUGUGAAUUAUAUAUAUAUAAAUGUUUCCAAAUUUUAGAUCAAGGUUUUUUUCUAAAUUCAUUUUUUAACAUAAUUAUUUUGUGAGUUUAUUAGCGCGUAAGUGCAUAAUGAAUGCUGUACUCUCUAAAAUUAUAAUGUAAUUUGAGAGUAUUAAAAAUGGAUGAAUGACUUGC